AUGAAAUUUUUGAUUGUUAAUGGAUUUACUGCAACUGCUCUUCACUCUAAGAUCUUUAAUCAAUUUAGACAAUAAAUAUAUGAAGUAUUAAUUCAAUAUACCUAGAUCACUUAAGCAUAGAAGGAAGUCGCUGAUAUUGACUUUGAUUAUAUUGAGCUUGAUAGACACAAUUUAGAAGAAUAUUUAUUUGAGCCAGAAACAUCUCAUAUCAGGCCUGAGAAAGGGCUGAAAUUUAAUUCGAUAGACAUGGUUUUUAUCAUCGCUUCCCCAAAUACAAGACCCUGGAAUCAUAAUAUGCGAAAUGUAUCAACACAUCCACUAUUGUAGAUAAUAAGUCUUAUAAGAAUGUGCAUCAAAACUAAGAAAUUGCUUUUUAUGACCUCGUUUGGAGCUCAAGCACUUGCGUAUUUGUGUGCUUCCAAUAUUUCAACUGUAUUUAUUCUCAUUUUAUAAAAGCAUAUUAAUAUUACAAAUGGAAAUGGAGAGGGCAGUAAAUUGGUUGAUUUUCCAAAGUACACUAUUGAAGCCUUGAAGAAUGCUCAUGAUGACUACUUUUUGGACACUACAACUGGAGAUUUGUAUACAUACAACAAAGUUACAGACGAAUGGAUGCCUAAAUGUAACAUUGGAAUUCAUCACAGAAGAGACGCAAUGGAAUAUUAAUCUAUAGGAAAGUACGUUGUAAAAUCCCCAGCUUACAAACCCAAAUAAGCUAUGCUCAGCAAUCAAACAGAAAUGACGUGCAUAAUUAAAAAACCAUUUUUACAUUAUUGGUUGUUUAAAGAUGUUAACAUUGAGUUCUAAAUUAAAUAAUCAAACACAUGGGAUAUACAUGCCAUCACAUUUACAAACCCAGAAAAAGUAACAAAAAUCAAUUAAAUUAUAGAGAUUUCAAUCUUUAGCUGAAAAUAACCUACGAGGUCCCUUAAUAAUUCAGUGUGAUAACAUAAUAGCAGUGUUGUUUGAAUUGGAUUAUAAAUAAAAAGACUAGAUUAAUCUGUUAUCGAAUUUUAUAGAAAAUGGAAUCAAGAUAAUUAGAUAUUCCAAUUCAUAUGUAUCAAUAUUAACAUUCUUAGAACACAAUUAGUAUUACAAACGAAAAGUAAUUUACUUCCCCAAGAGGAUUGGAAAACAUAUAAUUGAUCUAUAAUUAGGAUACUAAAUCGAAAUCCUAACAUUUAUAGGAGGAUAUGAUGAAGAAGCAACAUAAAGCUUAUGUGAGGGAAUAUCGCAAAUUAGUUAAUAAGGCUAUUUUAGAUUCAGAGAGAGAUAGAGAUAAAAUUUUACAUGUGGGAUUCUCAGUAAAGAAAAAUCGUUUACCAGAGUAUGUAGUUAUAUACUAUAAAGAGUUGUUGAAUAAAAUAAUAUACAGCAGAAAACAUUGAAAGCAACUCAAAGGAAAUCAUUUAUUGCGAAAAAAGAACACUUUUAAUAAAAUUUUGACUCUCUUAAACUUAAUUAAGAUGCAAAUCAAAGUUACAAGAAUCCUUCAACUAGUCGAAAACACUUAAAAUUACGAACUGAACCUAAAGGAGUGCUAUUUCAAAUGAUUGAUGAACCUGAAGAACAAAACUUAAUUUAAACCCAUAGAGUACUAUCCCACAUCGAAGUCAGAAGAUAGUUACAUCCUUCACUAAAUCAAGAGUUUUUGGGAUCUUCAAAAAAUUGGAUCCCAGGAUUCUUGAAAUUAAAUAAAUCUAAGAUCUCCUAAUCAUAACCAAAUUCUGCUAGACAUACAUUUUAAUAACUACUUGAUUGA